CAGCGCUUGCGCGUCGAUCUGUGAUCGAUUGAGUCAUGAAGCGUUUUAUCUACGUCACGGCAGACUGUACUAAUCGAGUGCUUAUUUUUUUAUGGCUGCUGUCUUCUCCGUUUGCUAACACAUCGGGACUAAACGGCAACCUCCGAAUGUUUUUAUCUGCAGCUGUCCGGUCUGCUGUGUCGCAGACGAGCAGGCGAGUCAGGAGCCUGCACUGCUCUGCUGCACGGGCCGGGGCUGGUGGCAUCUUCGUGCACAGAGACACACCUGACAACAACCCGGAAACUCCUUUUGAAUUCACAGAGGAGAACAAAAAGAGGGUUGAGGUAAUCAUGUCGAUGUAUCCGGAGGGACACAAGCAAGCAGCCACUCUCCCAGUGUUGGAUUUAGCCCAGAGGCAGCACGGUUGGCUUCCCAUCUCAGCCAUGAACAAGGUUGCAGAAGUGCUGGAAGUUCCUCCAAUGAGGGUGUAUGAAGUGGCAACAUUCUACACCAUGUUUCAGCGUCAGCCUGUGGGAAAAUACUUUAUUCAGAUCUGCACAACUACACCCUGCAUGCUUUGCAACUCAGACAGCAUUCUGGAGGCCAUCCAAAACAAACUGGGCAUCAAGGUUGGAGAGACGACAGCUGACAAGCUGUUUACACUAAUAGAAGUGGAAUGUCUGGGUGCCUGUGUGAAUGCUCCGAUGGUGCAGAUCAAUGACAACUAUUAUGAGGAUCUUACCCCAAAGGAUAUAGAACAUAUAAUCGAUGAACUUAAAGCAGGGAGAGUUCCACCACCAGGUCCCAGGAGUGGCCGUUUCUCCUGCGAGCCUGCAGGUGGUUUGACUUCUCUGACAGGGCCUCCUACAGGACCAGGAUUUGGUGUAAGACCAGACCUGUAGACAAUUUCAGAUACAGUUGGCUUUUUGACCCUAAAAUGCAACUUGUUUCUGACCUUCAUAAUGUAUAACUCAAACCUGUGUAAAUAAAUUGUUCAUGUAUGUGU